UCCAAGAAUAUAUUUUACAAAUUAUCAAAAACUUGUCUAAAUAUUUUUUAAGGAAAAUUGCUUAUAUGAAGGAUAAGGCCCAGUCUGCUAGUUCAGUUAGUGUAAAUCAGGAUAAAUAUGAAGAAAAAGUUAUGUUGUUACAAUUACGUGGAGUACUUGACUAUGAAGCCGUGAAGAGGGCCGCUCAAAACGGAGCAAUUCGAGUUCGUGAAGCAGACACAGAAACACCUUUGGUUCAGGUUGGUUCAUCCUUUUACUCUGGCGAAUGGACUGAAACAUUAGGAACAGACAUGAUAUUCUCAAUAAACAGUGAUGCAAUAGAUAAGUCAAAGAUGGAAUUCGUGGCAGUUUCAGAUACGAGGCUUUCUACUAAAAAAGUUUUAUUGUCAAAAGAUGAUGAUACAAAGACGAAUAUUGAUUUGGGGAAUAAUGCAGGAUGACGUGUUUUUAUGAGAGUUUCUUGUAUUUUUAUAUUUUUUUGUUGAUCUUGCAAUCUGUACACAUUUUUAAA